UGCCGCCGCCGCGCAGCCCGUUCUCGCGAGACUUGGCUGGGCCGGCGCGGGGAGGCCGAGGCGCUCGGGGCCCUUUUCAAACCCAGCAGCAGCGGGGGCAGCAGCCCGGCGGCGAAAUGGCGGAGAACGACAAGCCGGAGGCUGCGGCGGCCGCGCCACCGCCGCGGGGCGCCGAAGAGGCCGCCGCCAGCCAGCCGCCGCCGCAGCAGCAGCAGCAACAACAACAACAACCACCGCCGCAACAACAACUGCCGCAGGACGAGGCGGCGGCGGCCACCGAGAGCGGCGGGGGCAGCGCUAAUGGCGUCAAAAUGGAUAAUGAUGAGACAGCAAAAGAAGAGAAGGCACCUGUGAAAGAGAAGUAUGUUCCAAAACCAAAGGCAAUCCCUUCUCUUGGAAACAAGAAUAGAUUCCAUCCCUAUUCAAAGGACAAGAAUGUGGGCACUGGAGAGAAGAAAACUAUUAAUCGUAAUAGAGUUUUCAUUAGCAACAUCCCAUAUGACAUGAAAUGGCAAGCUAUUAAAGAUCUUAUGAGAGAGAAAGUUGGUGAGGUUACAUACGUGGAGCUGUUUAAGGAUGCUGAAGGAAAAUCAAGGGGUUGUGGUGUGGUUGAAUUCAAAGAUGAAGAAUUUGUUAAGAAAGCAUUAGAAACUAUGAACAAAUAUGAUCUUAGUGGAAGACCCCUGAAUAUUAAAGAGGAUCCUGAUGGUGAACAUGCUCGUAGGGCACUACAGCGUGUAGGAGGACAGUUCCCAGGAGGACAUGGACCCGAUAUGACACCUGGAUUAAUGAAUUUACCACCUUCUAUUCUCAAUAAUCCAAACAUUCCUCCUGAGGUCAUCAGUAACUUGCAGGCAGGCAGGCUUGGGUCCACUAUUUUUGUUGCUAAUCUCGACUUCAAAGUUGGCUGGAAGAAACUGAAGGAGGUAUUCAGCAUUGCUGGAACUGUAAAACGUGCAGACAUCAAAGAAGACAAAGAUGGCAAGAGUCGAGGAAUGGGAACAGUCACGUUUGAACAAGCAAUUGAAGCUGUUCAAGCAAUAUCUAUGUUCAAUGGACAGUUCUUGUUUGAUAGACCCAUGCAUGUAAAAAUGGAUGACAAAUCAAUUCCUCAUGAAGAUUUCCGUGUUGCAGACAGCAAAACUCCACAGCUACCUCGUGGUCUUGGUGGCAUUGGUAUGGGACUUGGACCAGGUGGACAGCCCAUCAGUGCGACACAAUUGAGCAUGGGUGGUGGAAUGGGCAAUAUAGGUCCAGGAGGUAUGGGAAUGGAUGGUCCAGGAUUUGGUGGAAUGAACAGAAUCGGAGGUGGGCUUCCUGGUUUUCGUGGAAUGGAAGGAAUGGCUAAUAUAGGAGGAUUUGGAGUCAGCCGAAUGGGAGAAAUGUUCCGUGGUGGAAUGGGAGGAAAUAUGGACAGAGAUUUUGGGCGUAGUGACAUGGCAUUGAACCGUGGUUUCGGAGAAUCUUUUGGAAGGAUGGGUGGUGGAAUGGGUGGUAUGAGCGGUAUGCCUGGCGGAAUGGGAAUGGGGAUGGAUCGGAUGAGUUCUGGUUUUGAUCGAAUGGGACCAGCUAUGGGUGGAGGCCUGGACAGGAACAUCGAUAUGGAUCGAGGAUUUGUGGCUGGACCAAUGGGAGGUGGCAUGAGAGAGAGAUUAGGCUCUAAAGGCAACCAGAUAUUUGUCAGAAAUCUUCCUUUUGACUUGACUUGGCAGAAGCUAAAGGAGAAAUUCAGUCAAUGUGGUCAUGUAAUGUUUGCAGAAAUAAAAAUGGAGAACGGAAAAUCAAAAGGCUGUGGAACAGUCAGAUUUGACUCACCAGAAUCUGCUGAAAAAGCCUGUAGGAUAAUGAACGGCAUAAAAAUCAGUGGCAGAGAAAUUGACGUACGCUUGGAUCGCAAUGCAUAAUUUAAAACUAUAUGUUCAGGAACAUUCCUAUGUCUGUUUAGCUUCUCUAUCCUAGUAAGUCAUUUUUAGUAACAUUGUAUGCUUACAAAAGCUGUAAAAAUGAACUUUUAAAUCCCACCAGCCUUUAACAGUAUAGUGUUUAAUAUACUGUGAUACUUGUUAACUGAAUCUUACUAUGUUUGGUUUUUAAAGACAAUUUGCCUGAUUUUUUUUUCUUUUUUUUUUUCUUUUUGGUUUUUUUUAGAGGCACUGAGCCACCUGCAGGUCCCAUUAGACAGUGGGAGCUUUGGAUGCUCAGCGCCUUUGGAAAAUUAGGCCAAGUGUCUCUAGUCAUUCAGUUUAAAUGAAUGGUUAUACUGUUUUUAAUAAAAUAAGCCAUUUUCUCUGUUAAUCUCAAGAUUGCAUAGUGGGAUUUGUUUAGUGUUUUCUGAUUUUUCCCCAGCCUGUAUCAACAUUGUAGUGUAAAAAUUAGAUGUCUUUUUUCAGAAUUUUGGUUUUAUAUGUACACUGUAGUCAUACUGUAAUUCUUGACUCUAAAAGAAAGGGCUCCAAAUAGGCUGUGAUGUUUUUGUUCUACUUUAAUAUUACUUUAAUGCCAUGACUUAGUUCUGUAAAUAAGAUUUAGAGCCCAGUGGGAGUUUUGGAUUUUUUUUUGACUAAACGAAGAAACUGAUCUUUCUCUCUUGCUUUUAUUUUUUCUUCAGCAUAAUCACUGAUUAAAACUAGUUACCACAGACCCUUGUAGGAUUGUUCCCUAUGAUGCCAAGUUCAUAUAAAAUUGAUAAUAUAGUGAAUACUAAGUACAGUACAAGACAGAUUGCUCCCAAUUUUUUAUCUAUUUUCCAGCCAUUCAGGUGAACUGCCAGAAAAAUAAAAACAACAGAGCAGAUAAGAGAAAUGGCUGUGUAUGUCAAACCACUGCUGUUCACUUCUAUGGGUCCUGAUGUAUUUAUGAAGGCAGUCUUUAUAAACCAGGGUAUUCCCAAACACAGCAUAUCAAAUACGUUGGAUCCUACAAUGUUAGACAUAGCCAUAUCUCCAUUUCCUGCAAAACAAAAAAGAUAAAUGAGCCUGCUUAAUUGUAUCAUAUGAAAUUGCCAAACUUUUUGGAGGAACAGACUGUCAGCCCUCAAUUUCUCACAGAGCACCCUUUUCAGACUUUUAAUUAAAAGAACUGUAGACAUGAUUAUGUAGAACAUGGUUUUAGGUACCACAGUCAUAAAAAGAAUUGUCUCCCUAGAUCACCAGCAUCUGCACAGUUGCACUUAAAAUAAGCUAGUCAGGCAAUUACAAAAUCCAGUCAUGUUUAAAAUACCAUGACCUACAGUUGUGCUUUGUAGUAAAACUGUAACACUUGAUCAACAGCAAAUCAAACUAAUCUGGAAUACUUGUCUGAGAUACUCUAGAGCUUUUAAAUGGCUGAGCCAUAGCUACUUCAGGUAAGCUACUUUAGUUAGUAUUAGUCAAUUUAAGUUCUAGAAGUAGUAACAACAAUUUAAAGUUGCUCCUUGAAGUUUUGGAGAUAUUGACAAGAUUCUUUUCCAUAGUUCCUUUUAAACACAUUCAAUGGAAUGAGCCUGCAUAUCAAGAUCUUUACCUUUUUGAGCCACCAGCACACUUGCAACUGUAUCUGGUACACUUGUUCCUGCUGCUAGUAAUGUGAGGCCCAUUAUUGACUCUGGAACUCCCAGUGUUUCACCUGUAGUUGAUAAAUAAUGGUAAAAAACACCAGUAUGAUUAGAUUUCAUCCAAAGAAAUUGCUUUGGACUUUGCUGGAGGAAGGAUUAGUAAUCAUAUGGUAAUUCUGAAAGGAAUCUGCCAGCUAACUUGACUAAAUCUAAACUGACUGAACUAUAAAGUAGUUUAAAAAUUAAACAUCACCCUGUCCCUGUUCUUUAAUUUAAUAAAAGAAAAGAAAAAAAAAGAGGAACUAUAGCAUAAUAACCAUCUUAUUUCAUAAGUCUUCUAAAGACUUCAGUACACGGUCUCCAGCACUCAAGAGAGUGCCAAUUAGGAACUGGUCUUUUGGAUACAGUAAAAAUUUAAAUAUCUCCCCCCCCCCCCCACACACACACACUUUUGAAACAUAUAGUAGUCUCUUAUAUUUUGGGGCAUCUCGUUGUUAGUGCUCAAAAGUCACAUGAAGCAAUAACUCUUAUAAUUAUCUGCUCUUUGAAGGGGGAGAAAAAAAAGCACAUGAAUUUUCUUAGGGAGGAAGGUUAAGAUCAUUACUACAAUACUUCCUCAACUAGGUGGCUUUAACAUUUCAAUUCAAUUAGAAAGCUGAAAUUUUUCAGUUUCUUGUUGGAUUCAGAGGAAGGAAGGAAGGAAAAGGAAGAAUUGUUAAAUAACUCGUAAGUGCAAUAAUUUUAGAAGCAUCAGUUUCCUUUAAAUAAAUAUUAGUUUAAAUUAAGAAAAUUAUUAAAACAGCAGAUCUUUUCUUUCCUACUAUAUGUUUAGCCCUUCAUGUUCUGAAAGUGUAUUAUUUUCUCACUUCAAACAGGGAUUCGGGUCAUUUUCAAAGCAGCCGUUCUCCUAAUGUAGCAUUCAUGAGGAUCGAUUAUGCUGAAGUACUUGAUAUCUCUGUUGAAACUAUUAAAUAAUUACAGCUUGUUCUAAAUUUCUGGUGACUAAAAAGUAUCCUAAGUUUUUUUUGCUGAAAUCUGAAUUCUUACUUAUAGUGGUUUGACAAUAAUAAGCAAAGUUAAAAAAUAAGAAGCAGUGCACCAUAAACUAGGCCAGCAGUGAUUGCUUAGUACAUUUUAGCUUAGUCCAGGUAGGUCUGAACUGCUUGUCUGUUCAAAGGGGCUGAAUGUGAUCCAACGCAGAAUUUGUAGUGGCACUUAUUCUUCCAUCACUCCUAAUGUAAGAGAUUUAUAGGUUCAGGGACCAAAAGGAUCAGUUCAUAAACCAUCCAGGCUGGAAAAUAAUGGUUCAUGCCAAGCAAACCAAGUUGAAAUACGAAUUAACUAACCAUAUGCACCAAACGUUAGUUUAUAGCCCCUCGGAAGGUUAUAAGAUAGAACGUAAACUCAGGUGAACCUGAUUUUUCUUUUUUAUUAGAUUUAUUUUUUCAUUAGAGGGCAAUUUUUUUCUGGCAAUUAGCCAUAAAGAGAGAAUGGUCUUAUUUUUCUAACCUUUAGUUCAUUUUGUGUAUUAGUAGCAAUAUCUUGCUCUAGUAAUCAAAACUUCUUUGCAGGCACCAAAAGUUGGUAUACUAAAUUAGAUUCACUCUUGACCAUCAAAAUUUAGUCCCCAGCUAUGGUACCUUUAUGAGAUUCUGAUAGGCAGUUUAUGCAACUAUAGCACCUUUUUGAAUUAUCCUUCAUGAAAAAACCUGGAUUUGAGAAUAUAUAUAUAUGUAAUUUUUUUAGAGUUUUAAUGUGUAAAUAGAACAUAUUUGAUCUAGAUGUAGUGGGACAAAGACCCAAAUGCUGCUUGUGAUGACUUUUCAAAGUGGACUAACACUAAUACACUAUUUGAAACUCCAGUGUACCUGCUUUCAUAUGAAUUACUGCUUUGUCUAGUAGAACAGCAAUAACUUUAAAUCAUGGGAAUUCUGUUUUAAAGACUUCUAGCAUUCAGACAGUAAACCAUUGCUUUUUAGAUACAAGUGGAGAAUUAUUUGACCAGGGAGUGAACCUGGUGGGUGUUACAUCUAGCAAUCUAUUAUUAAUUUCUUAAAGGUCUACUGAAUGUGUGAGUCUUUUUCUGCACUUAAUAAGGAGUUAUUCACUGAACUUACUUGAAAACAAGUUUAAGAUGCUGAACCAGCAGAAUACUUGAGGAUUAGUGAGCUAUAAUGUGGAAAUGGCGGGCUUUGUACCAUUUUAUUUUCUUGUUUGGAGAUUUCUCGUUUUUGUUUGUUCUUAAAAUUAAAAAUCUGAUUUUUCACAAGCUGGCUGUAGAAAUAAUGAAAUGAGGAGACAGGAAAAACCUUGAGGUAUUAAAUGAAUUAUUUGCUUUUUUUAUGCAAGUUUGCACCCUUUCUCUCACUGGUAGGGAGACUUAAAUGUAAUGCUUUUACUGCUUCACUUUAUGAUGCAGAUUUGUAAGAGAUAUAUAAAUACAUGCACAAGAAGAAUGGUUAAUAAACACAUGAUACUAUAGUUCAAAUAGAACGGUACACAAAUAUGGGGAUCUUUUUUGGCAGUUAAUUUAAUGCCAAGUUUCUUGUUAAAGUGUUCAAGAAAUUUACAGGUCUAGAAGUAAUAGUUUUUUUAUGAAAACUUGAACCGUUAAUUCCAGUCUUGGUGGAUUCUAUGUUUGUCAAGCUUCAGCUUGAUGAGUUUAACACUAUAUAUCUAAUUGUUUCACUUCAUGAAGCAGUUUAAUGAAGCUGUCUGUCUCUUUAAAUGUAGGCUAUUUUUUGGAGCUAUGUGAACAAGUUCUCAUUCAUGUGAUGGUAAGCAGUCUGAAGCAGCUAAACUCUAAAGUGGUUUUCAUUAGAGGGAAGAAGAAGGUAAACUAAGCAGUCUGAAACGUAACUUUUGUGGGUUUUAUUUUUUUGCACAGUGAAAUAUAUACUGCUAAGCUCUGACCGUCAUUGUGGGAAAGAAAACUCUUCACAGGGAGAAAACUGCUCUUUUUUCAGUGAUUCUUGAUUGGUUGAUUCUGUAUAGCAGCAACAGUUUGGGUGCCUACCUGCUAUUGUUAUCAUCCAUACAAGAACAUAAGUCAUUGCAGAAAUCCAUGCUGCAGAAAAUAAAAAUGUCACCAUGAACCAGUUCCUCCAAAAUUGUCUUCUGCAAUCUGGUAUGGUCAAAUAGAGUAGUGUAAUAAUAGGAAGGGAUAACACCCACAAAAUUCUCUUCAUAUCUGCUUCAGGCAUGGUAAAGACGCUUGGAUGACCUGUUGAAGAAAAAGUAACUUGUUUUAAACUGUAGCAUUAAGUUUAAAGUGUUAGCAUACAAUCAUACAACAUGCCCCUAGUUGUGAGAAUACUGGAAAAAGGUAAAAGAAAUUCUUCCUGAAGUUCUAACUGUAGCCUUAUUACUACCUACAUCAGACUGGACUAAACUCAGAAAUCAAACUUUAUUACCAUGUCACCAGGAGAACCAAGCUACAUUAAAAAUGAACUUUUCUAUUUAAGUUUACACAAAAUGCUUAGUAAGAAUAAGUACAAACUACUGUAUUUUUUUUCUAACCUAAGUGAAGAGGAAGCUGAUGGUCUGUAGCCACAUCAUAGCUAUUCCUUCUGCUAUAAUGCCUAUUUUGGGCUAUGAACCUGCCAUUGUCAUAAAAUAACAGUAUCUAGUAGCAGAAAACAGUAGCAGUUAUUGCUGAAGUCAUUCAUACUCUAUUAAGAACAUCUUAAAACCUACUCUUCAUUAAAAUUGAUUUAGACAGGCAUGCAGAGUGUCUGCAUGAGGCACACAGAGACAACUGUAAUAAUGCUUAUACCUUCAGAGACUUCAUCAAGCCCAUGCAAGCUUGUUGAAAGUUGUGAGUAGUCUAGCUCAUCUUGAAAAAUUCCACUGUCUUGUCUUGACUGACGAAUUAGAGGUCCACUCUCUUCCCUCCAUCCAACUAGUGGCUGCUGCUCAGUGUUCUCUUCCAUAGCUUUUGCAAAACAUGUACAGCAGGGACUGAACUUCUUCAUGAUAUAUUGAUUGAUUUUAAUGUCAAAACACAGUACCAGAAUAUAACCUCCAUAUAUAAAUAAUAAGGAAGCACUUUCAUACCUAGGAUAAGAAAGGGAUUUUACAUGAUGUGUAAUUAAGGAAAAAAAAAGAUUAACUCACUAAAAUGGCUGUGGUAAGGAGGAAGAACUAAUUUGUUUGGAUAGCAAAAGCAGACCACGCAAAAGCAUUUAUUUGCACUUGCAUGGGCAGUGUCAUGAAAGUUCAUGAGUGUCUCCUUAUAUUUCAGCAGUUUGAUUAACUCCUCUACCCUGCUGAGUCUUACUUGUGUAUUGAAUAACUGCAUGUGUUCUAGGGGAACUUACUGACUGAGCAACUCACAUUUGCAAAAUUGAGUCUUCAUGUGAUGGUUAAAGGGAGGGAUAGUAUGUGGUAUUUUGAGUCAAACUCCAGAGAUCUAGUACUGGAUCUGUCUGACUUGCAAAGACAACAGGAAUUUCAGUGUUGACUGAAGGGAGUUAACAUCAGCAGCUUAUGAUCUGCUUCUGGCAGACAAAUGUUUCUGGUAACAGUGAUGCUAUUCAAGGAGAGGCUUGAAAUGAGUAAACUAAGAAGACUAAAGGCCAUGCCAAAACACUUAUGAUACAAAUUUUGAAGUCUGUAGAGAGAAACCUAUGCAGACCAGACUUUAUAAAUAUGCGGGGUUUGAAUGUUUCUGUAAUAAUUUUCACAAGUAUUGUGACUUUCUACAUUUUUAAAGCCAGCAGGAUGUUUGUUUCUGUUAGUGAAUGGCAAUUCAGGCUGCUUGAAAUCUGGUGGGUUUUGUUUGUUUGUUUUUAAACACUCUCUCACUAAUCUCCAGUCAACAUGAAUUCAACACUACUUGUGCUCUUACCAGUAAAUUCUGUUGUCCGAUAUCAUCACAAGGACCGCCACUACGCUAACCGUAUACGCCAGACAGUCUCUAAACAGUGGCCAACAGGAUAGCCUCGAAACCUGCAGAACACAUUCAUUUACUUUUUUUUUAAACUUGUCUGUAAUACUUUCACUAAGUGCUGUAAAUGCUGCAUCAAUAUGUUGUUUCUAUAUUAUGUAAAAACUUAAGAUUCUUAGGAAUGACUUAAGUAUGAUAUUUAACAAGUUAGUGUUUUUAAAAACUUUCAUAGCAGGUUAUCUUAAAACUGAUUACAUGCUGUUUUUGCUACUAAAUAAUAAACUUGACAGUUGUCAUAGUAA